AUGGGCGCAGUACUCGUUUGCUUCGAAGAUCACGAACCUGACUUCAGCGAUAUCCGCCAGCGACGAGAGUGCUCGUUCAGCAAAGAUUCCCUGCUUGAUCGCCUGCAGAAGAACUGGAGCUGCGGAAGCCUCGGCGACGAGCAGGACGAAGAUGAAGACCCCAUCAACUGGGACUCCUUCCUACUGCAAUCCAAUAGAUCCACUGCCUCGUCAGGUAGUCGCAUGCUGUCUGCAUUCUAUAGUCGUCUACUGGAGGAGAACGACGACUGUGCCUUCUACUUCGACAUUAGGGGCAAACGUAUCAAAGGAGCGUAUCUGGAUCGAGUGGAGCUAUUGGACGACUAUUUCCUGCCUCUGGGACGGAGGCGAGCCCUCUCAACGGAAUCGCCGCCCCCAAUGGAGUCCCUGGAGAUGUACUGCUUCAGCGACGACUGCUUCUCCACUUCGUCCACCAUGACGACCGACUCUCGGUCGCUGCGCAAGCUGGGGCGCGCCCGCCCACACGGGACUUAA